GCCCGCCCAGUUGUCAUGGCGGCCUCGGCACCGAAGUUUGCUCGGGGUCUGUGCUGGCGUCGUAUCUGCGAGAUAAGUCUUUCUUAGGCUACUGGUUUUUGACCUGAGAAGUGAGGAGUUUGUUCCAAAAGCUCUGUGCAUGAGUCUGGGGAGCAGCAGCAUAGCUUUACCUGGCACAUCUGUCCACUGGUUCCCACUGAGGAGAGAAAUCAACCAACUCCAGAUGCUAAUCUGCUGUUAGCUGACUGCUGACCUGCUGCAGCCUGCUUAACUGGCAUUACUACAAACCUACUGCUGUGGUGCAUGCUAGCAGGCACUGCUACCAUUAAAAAGAAAACCUUUAUUAAGAAAAGGCACCUUCUUGCUCUUCGUGGGAUCUGUGUGGGGUCAAGGAGCUCUGUUCCUGCUAAUUGUGAGGCCCUCUAAACAGCGAGGGCUCGCUCAACUAACAGGCAAGUGCAACCUGUUUGCAGUCCAUCAGUUCACCUGCACGUGACUGCAGCCACCAUGCAAGUCAGCCAGAAAGACUUUGAGAAGGCUCAAGAGCAACUGAAACUCUUGAAAAAUGAUCCUGGGAAUGAAACGAAGCUGAAGCUCUAUGCUUUGUUCAAACAGGCUACUGAGGGCCCCUGCAAUUCUCCAAAGCCAGGUAUGCUGGACUUUGUCAAGAAAGCCAAAUGGGAUGCGUGGAAUUCUCUUGGCAGUUUGUCUCAGGAUAAUGCUAGACAAGAAUAUACCAAACUUGUCUCAAGUUUGAUCUCUGCAGAAUCUGCUGGCCGGAAAAAAGAUACUUCUCCAGGAGAGAGCGGUCAUGGUGGCUAUGAAACCCUCAUAGUUACCACUGAUAACAAUAUCACAAAGAUAAUGUUUAACCGACCUGAAAAGAAAAAUGCUAUCAAUCAUAAGAUGUACAGAGAAAUUAUCAAUGCACUUCAAGAAGCUGCCAAAGAUGAUUCUACCAUAGCAGUUUUUACUGGAAAUGGAGAUUACUAUACAAGUGGAAAUGAUCUGAAUAAUUUUUCUAAUGUCCAACCCAGUGAAAUGAAAAAGAUGGCAAAAGAUGCAGCAGAAUUACUCAAAGAGUUUGUGGGCAGUUUUAUCGAUUUUCCUAAACCACUGAUUGCAGUGGUGAAUGGCCCAGCUGUUGGGAUCUCUGUAACGCUCCUUGGAUUGUUUGACGUUGUCUAUGCUUCUGACAGGGCUACAUUUCAUACCCCGUUUAGCCAACUUGGUCAGAGUCCAGAAGGAUGUUCCUCUUACCUGUUUCCAAAAAUCAUGGGCUCAGCCAAGGCAAAUGAGAUAUUGCUUUUCAAUAAAAAGCUGACUGCAUCAGAAGCCUGUGCUCUGGGACUUGUGAAUGAAGUUUUCCCCGACAGCACCUUCCAGAAGGAAGUUUGGGCAAGGUUAAAAGCUUAUGCAAGCCUCCCCAAAAAUUCUUUGGCGGUGUCAAAGCAACUGCUACGAAACAUAGAAAAGGAGAAGCUCCAUGCUGUCAACAGUCAAGAGUGUGAAGUACUCACAGAGAGGUGGUUAUCUGAUGAAUGCCUAAAUGCUCUUGUCACCUUCUUUCAGAGGAAAUCAAAACUGUAAUCUUUACCAGCAGAGCAGUUAAUGUUCUAGAAACAGCAAUUCACCUUCUGGCAAUAGUCUUGUCUGCCCUUAUCCUUAGUAAGCUUUCUCUGCAAAUAAUAAUUCUUUUACCUUUUGAUGCACUAUAUUUCUAUGCAGAGUACUGGGUUAAAACUGUUUCAUGAAAUUAAUGCUGUGUUAUGUGCCUUGGAUCCAUUAUGGAUAUUUAGAUUCGGUGAAAAGGUUCAUUAUCCUGUAGGCAGCAGUGGUGUUUCUGAAUAAUACUAAAGUAGAUUGUCACUUGAAAGAAGCAGCAAAUUCAAUAGCACUGUAUUUUGAUAGCUUUUCAAUGUCUUACGAGUGAUUUUUUUUUUUUCAUCUGUGGGGAAAAAAAUGCUGUGUUAAUUAAAAAUAAAUAUAAGUAUUUAAUUAA